AUCCUCUUCUCCCAAUCCUCUCUCUCAGCCUGAGCAAAGAGGGAUGUCCUUGACCACCGCUCUCCUCCACCCUCUCCGUUCCCUCAAGCUCUCCUCCGCCACCGCCACCCCCUUCCUCCAUGGCGGGCCCGCCGCCGCCGCCGCUCCGUCCUUCACCCUCCUCCCCAAGCCUGCCGCACCGCCGCAGUCCGCCCCCUCCUUCCUGCCAACCAUAAGGGCAAUGAAGUCGAUGCAGGGGCGGGUGGUGUGCGCCACCAACGACAAGACCGUGGCGGUGGAGGUGGUCCGGCUGGCCCCUCACCCGAAGUACAAGCGACGGGUGAGGAAGAAGAAGAAGUACCAGGCCCACGACCCCGAGAACAAGUUCAAUGUCGGGGACAUUGUCCAGCUCGAGAAGAGCCGGCCCAUCAGCAAGACCAAGACUUUCCUCGCCGUCCCGGUCCCGGCCAGGAGGGGGAAGAAGAAGAACAGCAAUGGAGACGAGGCCGGAGAGCUCUGGAUACCUCUAGAGUCCCAGCAGCAGCUGCAGGAACAAGCUUGAAUCUCAAUCCAAUUGAACCUUUGAUUUUGAGUAUUUUAUUGCAAUUGCUUUGCUUCUGGGUUUUACCGUUCCUUAAAGUCUGUAACUUUUUGUAUUUGAGCUCAACAUGGAGGGUUGCACUUGUCGGGCUGAUUUGUGGAAAUUGAUGAUGCAGUUGCAAUGCAAUUCCUUUGAUUUGCACUAUUGGAUUCAUUUGCAGGGAACCCUUUUUCUAUUAUUUCAGUUGUAACUUUGAUUUUGGCCGUUUGGCUUCAAUCUAUAUUGUUCCUUCAAUGGAUGUUAAUAGGAUUCAAAUUCCAAGCUUAA